AUCAUAAAUACACGGUCUGUAGUGGUAUGGUAACGGAAGGGUCGGAGCUCCAAAAAUACUGAUGACUAAGCUCCGAAAGAAGGUUCACGGUCCUAUCCAGUACGGAAACCUGCAAAUACAUAUAUGAUCUAGGAUUAUCGAUACCGCCCCAUAAAGCUGGCAUGGUACAGAUAGGACCGAGUUGUAAUGCUCUCUCCCGAGUCUGUCAACCAUAUUCUGAGGCGAAAGCGCAAGGGUCGCUUCAACCGCCCUUGCUAUCCCUGCCGGCAGAGAAAGGUGAAAUGCGACACAGCAAGGCCCUGCAAACAAUGUGUAGACCGUUCACAUGAGGAGCUCUGCUCAUAUGAGCCAAGUCCAGAAUCUAAAGCAAAGAAGCCCUCUUCAUCCAGUCACAGUACUUCAACAGUUGGUCACGUUCUAUUAAGUGACGGACUGGUCGCUCCCCCAGUCAGAUUCCACAACCAAACCACGCCAACAAAAACGUUGGUACAAAGCGAAGAUGUUGCAGCAUCAGAUCCAGGGGUACUCCUGGGGGAUCAAUCGGUGCCGUCGUUUGUAGCGGAAAAUUACUAUUCAAGCAAUCCCAGUGCUGCCAAGAUGAAGGACGCGACUUUGCCAAUGCUAGGUCUUCAGUCGCUGGAUGACAAAUCACUCCCACGAUGGAAUAUAGGAAAUGAAGAAGUUGAAAAGCUCUUAGAUAUUCUACCUGCGAAAGAUCAAAUUCUGGAGCUUCUCGCUCGUUAUCGUCACGUUGUCCAUCCUCUCAAUCCAUUUCUUGUGGACCUAAAUGCUUUUGAGCUAAGGUUAUGCACCCAUCUGGAAGCGGUAUCUAGCCCCACGGAAGGAAUUAAGCUUUCUCAACUGUUCGGGCACGACCUCGACUGGGCAGCCCUUUUAUUUGCAGUUCUGGCAUGUGGUCUGCAAAGUACAAGCACUCAAACAUCUGAAUCGAAGGCUGCAAUCCGCCGUUAUGUAAGCACUGCAUAUCAAUGCCUUGGUAUCACCCAAGGCCUGCUCAAGCCAUCGAUAAAAUGUCUCCAAGCACUCAUCAUAAUUGUUCAAGUCCUACAAAAUGAACUUAUGACAGAAGCUGCCUGGACUCUUCUCGGCCUCCUUAGCCGUCAGGCUCAAUCAUUGGGAUUACAUAAUGUCAAGUUUAAUUCACAACGAGAUGGUGGUAAGGUGCCCUAUCAUCUAAAGCUAUGGUGGACAAUCAUGUGGCAGGACGCUCUGCUUUGCAUGUGUUUUGACAGGGCUCCGGUCACUGCCGUGAAAUCAUUGGAUCCUUUCCACACACUGUUGCCUCGUGAUGAACCACUAGACUACCAAGAGGGCAUGUAUACGCUCACUUAUCUUGUUUUAAUGGGAAGUGCGCGAAACCACGCUCUGAUUUCGAUACCUCCAACAUAUGAGAAAAUAUUGGCAGAUGUCAACGACGUAGAACAGAUAAGAACCAGCUUACGGGCUCCGAUAUCUGCUCGGAAAAACUGCAAAUCUAUGCAGGAUCACAUCGAACAGCUCUGCUUUCAAUUGCACUCGUCGUUUACCAUUGGAACAUUGCUGCGCCCUUCUUUAAGUCCCAAAAAGUGGACACAUCUUUCGCAUAAUCAAAGAGAUCGAUUAGCCUCUAUGUGUUUGGGAGCUUACAAGAGCUCCUUGCAUGCCUAUUUAGAUCUUCUAACAACAAGUAUAGUAGCCAGGAGAUCUCUAGCAAUGCUCCAUAAUGGACUAGCUUCUGCGCUAAUCCUUGCUAUCACCGGCUAUAGCAAGGUUGACCGCGAAGUCGUCGAACUACAAGGGCGCCUAUUUCGAACACUAUAUGACCAACCUGAUGCUGACGGCACCGAAAAUCGUUUCUGGGGUCCCCACAGACGAGGCCUGUUGGCACUAAAGGAGAUGUACGAGCACCAGAGCUCCAGGAAUGCAGAUCAGCAAAACACGCUUACCGUUCAAACCCAAUUUCCAUCAAACAUACCCGACACCAAUCUUCAAGAUGCUCAAUCUAACUUGCCCCCUAUAGUGGGUUCCGAACGUACAGAGGCAGAACUUUUAUCGGACUUUUCAAAUCUAGAUUACUUUUCUCUCGACCCCCAAAUGAUUGGCGAGAUCUCAUCAUUUCUCCCCGACAACACAAAUGAAAAUGAAAUAAUGAUUGAUGACAUUUUCGACGCAGUGCUUUGGGGUGGCUAUGGCGGGCAAGAGAUGCAUGAUUCGGAGGGACUGAUAUGAAAGAUCCAGAACCUGUACUACUACUAUGAAAUAAAGCUCUUUAUUCUGAUUUAUUAGACACGAUGGGGAAAAUUGACUAUA